AUGCUGCUCCCCUCCGCCCUCCCAUGCGAAGUGCGCCGGUCGUCUCGCUUCACUCCCAGUCGGCUCUUCUCAACUCCUCCCCCAUCCGACACAGGAGUCCCAUCCGGAAACGGUCUCCUCGGGACUUGCCGCGCACUACAAUCUCUACUCAACAGAUCGCCCACACCUUCGUCGCGAUCAGUGAAAGCCCACCGCCUCCAGAGCCCCCUCCCCCUUAACACGGUCCGUAGCUCGCCACGAUCGCACAAGGUCGUUCGACCUGUCUCUCCCAGACAAACACCACCCCCCAGAACCGCUGCUCUCACCCCCCCUCCUCCUCCAUCUGCACUUGCUCGCGGCGCAAAUAAGCGCCGCCGUGACACCUUCGAUGACGAGGACAGCGACGCGGAGAUGAGUCGCCCGCGCAACCGCUUCGCGACUCCCAAACGCCGCCGGCACGUUCCUUUUGAUUUGCCUUUCGGCCUUUCUUCUACAGCCUAUUAUUCCCUACACUCUCCUCCUGUCACCCAAUCUCCUCCUUCUCCUCCUCGUCGCCAGAUGGACUAUGGUAUUCCAGCUGGCCCAUGCGUCGAUCCAGACGCGCCUCUGCCCUCCAUCGAGGUGACAGAAGAGCAUGCCCCUUCUUCGGUUCCACAAGAAUGGACCGCCGAAGGAGACCAACACCUUCUCGAGCUGGUCCUUGAGAAAUUUCGUCUCUCCCAACAGGAAUGGGAUGAGUGCGCGCGCCAAAUGGGUCGCAGCCACGUUGGGCCCCGGUGGCAGACUCUCGUUGGUGAGGGUCGUGUCGGCCUGCGUCCGCGUCGGCAGUGA